AUGCCUCGAUCUAUCACUCUCAAACAAAUCGAAGGUAAACCUGGCCAGGUAUACUACCCCCUGAAACUAAAUGAAGUAUCUAAGCCGGUGCCCGGUCCCGGCGAACUCCUAGUGCGCAUCCAGGCCGCCGCGUUGAAUCAUCGGGAUUUCUUUGUUCGGCAACAUCUCUACCCCGGCAUCUCGUUCACGAGUCCGCUGCUCUGCGAUGGCUGCGGCACUGUCGUCGAGACGGGUCCGGAGUGUAGUCCAACCGCUACUUCUCUACUAAACAAGCGGGUGAUCCUGAUCCCUUGUUUAGGCUGGGACGCAGACCCCAAUGGCCCCGAAGACAUGGCCAAGUAUGCGAUUAUCGGUGCAUCCAAUCGGUACAUGCACGGUGCCGCCCAGGAUUACAUCGUGGUACGUGAGUCCGAAGUCGAACGGUGUCCUGAUCAUCUCUCGCCUGUUGAGGGCGCUGCGCUGCCGCUCGUCGGAUUGACGGGAUGGCGCGCCCUCGUCACCAAGAGCGGCAAUGCCCAGGCGGGACGCAAUAUCCUUGUGACGGGCAUCGGUGGCGGCGUUGCAUUGCAGGUUCUGCAGUUGGGCGUGGCAAUGGGCUGCAAUAUGUACGUCACCUCGGGUGACCAGGACAAGAUCAACCGGGCAGGGCGGUUGGGCGCGAAGGGCGGUGUCAACUAUUUAACGGAGGGAUGGGAGAAGCAGUUGGAGCAGAUGCUCCCGCCCCAUCGGCCGUACCUGGACACUGUGAUUGACGGAGCCGGCGGCGACAUUGUCGCCAGGACGAUUCGAAUCCUGAAGCCUGGCGGAGUUAUAUGCAGUUACGGAAUGACGGUGGCUCCGAAAACAGACUGGUCCAUGCAGGCGGUUUUGAAGCAUAUUGACCUAAAGGGGUGCACGACGGGGUCGAGAACGGAGCUGAAGGCAGUGUUGCAGUUCGUGACGGAGAAGAAGAUUAGGCCGGUUAUUAGUCGCACGGUCAAGGGGCUGGGUAAUCUUGAGGCCAUUGAUGGAUUGUUCGAGGAUAUGAAACAUGGAAAGCAAUUUGGGAAGCUUGUCAUUGAAGUUGAUUCCGCGUUGGAUAAUGCUGCUAUCUGA